AUGGAGGUCAGGUACAACCAAGAGACGGAAGGGAUGGGGCUGAAGAAUGGACUAAAGAAGGGGAAAGAUGACAAGGACUCCCAGGGCAGCUUGUCCAAAAGCUUCCUCAAGGAGCAGCAGGACUCCUUUUCCCCCUCUGGGACCGUGGACAACUGUGAGAAGAACAGGGGGAGCACGGGGGACCCGGACUACUGUCGGAGAAUACUAGUCCGAGAUGCUAAAGGCUCUAUCCGAGAGAUUAUCCUGCCUAAGGGUUUGGAUUUGGACCGGCCCAAGCGAACCCGCACCUCCUUCACUGCAGAGCAGCUCUACCGGUUAGAGAUGGAGUUUCAGAGGUGCCAGUAUGUGGUUGGGAGGGAACGGACAGAACUGGCCCGUCAGCUCAAUCUGUCUGAAACUCAGGUGAAGGUCUGGUUCCAGAACCGGCGCACUAAGCAGAAGAAGGACCAGGGGAAGGACUCUGAGCUGCGGUCGGUGGUGUCAGAAACAGCAGCGACCUGCAGCGUCCUCAGACUACUGGAGCAGGGUCGGCUGCUGACGCCUCCGGGCAUGACGGGCCUCCUGCCCCACUGUGGCAGCGGCGCGCUGGGCUCCGCUCUGCGCCCUCCCUCCAUGGCCAUGGUCAGCAACGGCAGCAGUAGCAGCAGCAGCGGCGCCAGCAGCGGCACGGCGGCGGGGGGCAGCCCCCCUCUACCCGCCGUCACCAGUUCAGGGACAGUGGCGGGCCUGCAGAGCUCGUCGGCGGCUCACGGCCUCUUCGGCUUCACCAUGCCCUCCUUACUCAGUGGCGUCGCCACCCGCAUUUCCUCCAACCCCCUGUCCAUGGCCAGCUCGCUGGCUGGCAACCUACAGGAACUUUCCGCCCGCUACCUGAGCUCCUCUGCUUUUGAGCCUUACUCGCGGACCAAUGGCAAAGAAUCCAUGGACAAGAAAAUCCUGGAAUGAUGCUGUGUUUUUACAUAGAUGAUAUUCCUGUUUAGUCUGGACGCGUUUUGGUUGGUUUUCUUGGCUUUUACCGUCUUUGUUUGGUUUUGCUCAUUCUCUUUUAUCUGUCUGUGUCAUGUUCUGUAGCAGUUCAUGUAAUCCAGUUGCACAUCUGGCGCCUUGUACAAGGAAGAAAACAAAGACCUACACAAGCUCAUCUAACAAAGACAGGGUGGUGGUGGUGGGAAGAAUUUGCACAAAAUGUUCAUAUAGGACUUUGUUACAGAGAUUUAGAGAGACUAAAGACUACUGAGGGAUCUUUCAGGUUUCUGUUAAACAAAUGUUUAGUCCUGUCUAUCAAUCCAAAAUAACAAUAUACACAUGGGCCCAGGGAAUAUGGCUGCUUCACACCACAAAAAGCUCUAUGGCUGCAAGAGCAGUGGCGACAUAAUGUAUAGCAGGAAGUACAGGAUCGGUGACAGAAAGUGUAAAGUGAUGGUACCUUUCUGAAUUGUGUUUUAUUAUUUGACCGUGUUGGGUAGAUGCGUGUCACUGAAAUGAGUAGAUGUAGAGAAAGAAAGAAAGCGAGUUGUCAAUGGCCACCUGAGCAGCGGUUUUGUGAGAUCCAACCAGCAAAUCAAAAAAAAAAAAAAAAAA